AGGCGGAGGGAAUUGACCAUCAAUAUAACCAGGCUACUACUUACGGGCACCCUCACGCUUGAGAUAUUGUUGCAGUCCAACAGGCAGGUCUGCACCAGGAACAACCAAGGAGUCACCGAGAGUCUUGUGAGGGUUUCUUGCAACGACUGGGACAUUGCCAGGACGCUGCGUGUUGCAAGAAGCUGCUGCUGCUGCUGCUGUGCCACCUGAGGAGCCCUUGUUUCAGCGCCCGCACGAAGGAGUAGGACAGACCCAGAGCGAGAGAGAGCGAAGGGGGGGGAGGGUGCUCUUUGGGGUGGGACGGCGGCAGCAGCAACGGGCCGGGCCAGCUAGUUAAAUAGCCAUCAUCAUGGCUCGGGAAGCGCAAAAGAUUAUCACCCUCGAGGACGGGUGGUUCAACAAUAUUAAGCCCAAUGCCAUCAACGUGCUGGAGGACCACCUAAACAGAGGUUUCGACAAGAGGACCUCGCAGCUGUUCACGCCGAAGGACUUCAUGAGCACCUACACCACGUGCUACGACAUGUGCACCCAGCGAUCUCCCUACAACUGGUCGGAGCAGCUCUACGACAGACACGGGGAGACCAUCUCGCAGUACCUGUCGGGGACGGUGGUGAACGCGCUGAGGGAGCAGCACGGGGAGUUCCUUCUCAAGGAGCUCGUGCGAAGGUGGUCGAACCACAAGAUCAUGAACCAGUGGAUGCAGAAGUUCUUUCAGUACCUGGACAGGUACUACGUGAAGCACCACUCGUUACCAUCAUUGAAGGAGGCGGGGCUGAAGCAUUUCAAGACGCUAGUCUACGAUGUCGUCAAGUCGACGGUGGUGAACGCGAUGCUGGACGUCAUCAACAAGGAGAGGGAAGGGACGAUCAUCGACCGACCGCUCAUUGGGUCGUGCGUGGAGCUAUUUGAGUCGAUGGGGAUGGGUACGCUGGACUCGUACGUGGCGGACCUCGAGGAGGCUCUCCUGGCCAACACCAAGGACCACUACGCCAGGAAAAGCCAGGAGUGGAUAGAGACAGACUCCACGCCGGACUACAUGAUCAAGGCGGAAAACGCCCUGGAGGCUGAGAAGUUGCGAGUGGCCAACUACCUCAACCCGUCUACGGAGGCGAAGCUGCUCCGGGUCUGCGACGACGAGAUGCUCGAGAAGAGAGAGAAGAUCCUGCUCGAGAAGGAAGGCAGCGGGUGCAAGGUCCUCCUCGCCAACGACAAGUCCGACGACCUCAGCCGGAUGUACCGCCUCUUCAACCGACUCCCCAAGGGGCUGGAGCCCAUGGCGGAGAUCAUCAAGGACCACAUCACAGAGAUGGGGAACGAGAUCAUCAAGCGACGGGAGGCCAAGAUCGAGGGCGGGGAGAAGGACACCAACCAGGACCCCAACUUCGUGAAGGAGCUGCUGGCCCUGCACGACAAGUACAUGGCCGUCGUCAACGACCAGUUCGCUGGGAACUCGCUGCUGCAGAAGGCACUCAAGGAGGCGUUCGUGGACUUCGUGAACCGCGACGUGGGCAAGUUCAAGAACGCCGACCUGAUGUGCAGCUUCUGCGACCGCAUCCUGAAGACGGGGGGGGAGAAGCUCGGCGAUGCGGAGGUGGAGGAGUAUCUGGCCAAGGUGGUUCAGCUGUUCUCCUACCUGACGGACAAGGAUCUAUUCGCGGAGAUCUACCGCAACCAGCUUGCCAGGCGUCUGCUCAACUCGCGCUCUGCGUCGGAUGACAUGGAGAGGCUCAUGAUUGGCAAGCUCAAGCUCAAGUGCGGGUCGCAGUUCACGUCUAAGAUGGAGGGAAUGAUGAACGACUUGGCUAUCGGCGGCGACCACGAGGCCGCCUUCUCGGCCUACCUGAAGGACGGGCAGGAGACCAGGAAGAUCGAUGUCGCCAAGAUAGACUUCAACGUGCAGGUGCUGACGACAGGCUACUGGCCAGCGUACAAGCCCAUGGAAGUGACUCUCCCUUCCACGAUGAAGAAGUGCACCGAGGUCUUCAAGAAGUACUACAGUGAGACCACAUCCAAGCGCCGCCUGGGUUGGUCGCACACACUCGGAAACGUGACUAUCCGGGCCAAGUACCAGAAGUCCUACGACUUGCAAGUCACCACUCUCCAGGCGUGUUGCCUGAUGGUGUUCAGCGAGGAGACCAGCAUGCUGGUCCUGGGAGAGGUGAGCCAGCGCCUUCACCUGCCCGACGACACCGUGAAGCGGAUACUGCACAGCCUCAGCUGCGGCAAGUACAAGGUGCUCAAGAGAGAAGGGCAAGGCGGCAGCAUCAAGGCAACAGACAAGUUCGCCUUCAACGCGUCGUUCAACUGCCCGCUGCGCAAGCUCCGCAUCCCGAUGGCCUCACUGGAGGAGAGUCACAACCCGAAGCGAGUGGAGGAGGACAGAGGCAUCGCGAUCGAGGCGGCGAUCGUUCGCAUCAUGAAGGCGCGCAAGACGAUCGGACACCCUCAGCUGGUAGCGGAGGUGCUGAGCCAGCUCUCGUUCUUUAGGCCCAACCCCAAGGUCAUCAAGGCCCGCAUCCACGGUCUGAUCGAACGCGAGUACUUGGAGCGCGACGCAUCCCAGGCCAACCACUACAACUACCUCGCGUGAUGGCGUGUGGCGGCGGUAGCGUUUUUUGGGGGGUUGGUCGAAAACACUUGGCUUGCGUUCCUCUGGAAGACGAUGGGAUACCAGCUCAACUGUCUCGCGUGACGGCGUGUGUUUAGGGGUUGGUCGAACAAACUUGGCGUGCAUUCCUCGUUGUGUGACAUAACUACAACUGUCUCGCGUGAUGGCGUGUGUGUGGGGGUGGUCGAACAAACUUGGCUCGCGUUCCACAUGAUGCGGGGUAUUCUACGGUGACCAGGGCUCGGUGGUCGAACAAACAUGACUCGCGUGCGUUCCACGUGAAGGGGGGUAUUCUACGGUUACCAGAACUCGUUGUGUUUGGGAGGGGAGGUGCCUUUCACACGGGAGCCCCGCAUCUGCGCAGCGGGUUCGGUCUGAAGUAUCCGCAUGGUAGGCGUGUGUGCUAUCAUGUGUUUCCUCGGCCGUUGUGCCUCUUCACCGCGUUGGAGAAGCACCUCUGUCGGCGCGUGGAGCACGGUCGAGGGUCUCCGUUUGUGUUCGUGGCAACAUGUGUGGUUCCGAACAGGACUCACGAACGGGGCGACCAGAAUUAGACAACCAGAGAGUAGGCCCAGUGGGUAGGUGAUGCCUCGCGAGUGUGGUGUAACUCAUGUUGUGAUUUUUUUCUCUCGUUGUUUUAGAGUGCGCGAUACACACACACAAACAUUCACGACACGCGAGUGCGCAUGCCAGUCCGGCUUUUUUUUUUCGUUGUCCACGCGAACCCUUCACGGAGGCCUUUGCCUAACCCGUUGCGUUCGUUCGCAACGACCGCAGUAUUUCAAAGUUGUUUUUCACAAGUGUUAUUGGCUUGAGGCUCGAGGCCGAAAAGCUGGGGAUGGCGUUUUUGCAUGGAGGUUCCAGCGGAAAGCCGAACUUCGGUGUGUAUGUGCUGUUCGGCACGAUAUUACCAAGGCAUUUCAUAGGGCGAGUUGCCAAGGGCCGUUAUUGCAGGACCCCCCCCCCCCCCCCCCCNCCCCCCCCCCCCCCCCCCUCCCGCUCAACAGACCACGAUGACUCGCAAAGUUAUCACUGAUGGUCUCUCUAUUCCAUUUUUAGCGUCGGCUUUAGCUUCCGCCUCAUUUCAUUUUGUCUCCAGGAUACAAAGCGAUCCUCCACAGUGCUUGCAUCAUCUUGCUGUGACCGGCUCGUCCCUUUCCCUCCGACCGCGCCGGCCGGUGUAGUUUUCCCACGGAGGCCCACCCUGGGACGCGUUUUAGGUCAGUCUUGGCCCGGCUCCGUUUGCUUGGGGGGGGG